AUGAAACAAGAAGGCAAUCAGGCUCCACAUGUUAAUUACAUCUCUAGGAAAUCAAAGGGUGUGCAUUUUUCUACUGAUGGAGAUGAUUCUGCAGAAGAAGUAAUCAAUGUAAAUUCCAAAAUCUUAUCCAAGAAAAGCAAUAUGUUUUUCAAGCUUUUCAAUGAAAUGAAGAGCGAACCAGAAGCACAAUCUCUAACUAUUCAAAUUGAAGCAUCUGAAGAAGAAGCCUUCAGUGGACUUCUGGAGUUCAUAUAUUUUUCCACUAUGUCGCCAUCCUCCUAUACAGAGAUUGUGAAUUUGCUGAUGAUCUCAGAUGAGUUCCAGGCAUUUUCAUGUGCUGAGGUCUGCAUCAGACUGCUGGAGAUGAAGAUUGAAUGGGCACUUUCUUGCUGCGAGCUUUCUGCUAGAGUGCAUGAACUUUAUCUAAGAGAAUUGCUAAUUAAGGUAGAAAAGGAGCAGAAAUCUAAGAUAUGCAGUGACAUAAUGAGCCACAAGGAUGAACUUCUUCAACUAUCCUUUGAUAAAAUUGAGGCACUCUUCUGCGUGGACACCCUCAAGGUGGAAUCAGAAGAUGUUGUUUAUGAUUUUAUACGAGCUUGGGCCCAGAAUCAUUAUCCAAAUACGGAGACCGCUGCUCUGCUAAGGAAUUGCACCUUGAACGCCUCAUUCGCUUCCCUUACCUGA